GACAACGCCGGCUCUCAAAACAAGCUGCCCCAGAUGCUCUCCGCUGCAUCUCACUUCCAUGGUGACGAAUAACAAAACGGAGAUCAACGGCGCUCUUUUCAAACCUCUUUACCGCGGAAAACAUGUCAACUCAAAAAGAGUUGUUGACUAUCAAACUUUAACGGACAAUAACGUGUAAAACGGUGUCCUUCCAAGCACGGUAACUUCAGUGCCACAGCCAUGAACAACAAUGCAGAGAGGAAAUUCGUCAACCUGAGGAAGCGUCUGGAUCAGCUGGGCUACAGAAACCCUCUGGGAAUAGAGUCACUGCCGCUGGUGGAGAAACUAUUCAGUGACCUGGUCCACACAACCGAAAGCCUGCGAAAUGCCAAACUGUCAGCAGGGAAAUCUGAGAAAGAAACUCGAAACUUUGACGCUCUUCUGGAGCCGUAUAGGGCGGAGAAUGCCCGAGUGGUCCGGGAGAACAAUGAGCUGCACCUCGAGCUUCUCAAGCUGAAGGAGGAGAAGGAUCGUGUCAGCAGAGAGCUGAAGACCCACAUCAGAAAACUGGACCACCAGACGUCUGACCUGAAGUUUUUAAAUAACCAGUAUGUGCACAAAGUCCGCUGCUUGGAGAAGGACAGCAAGGCGAAAGCUGAGCGCAUCCAACAGCUGCAGGAGAAGAACAUGCAAGCGGUGGUGCAGACGCCAGGUGGAAAGAAGCGCAGCAUCCCUUUCAGACGACAGAGGAUGCAGAUUGAUGAGCUCAUACCUUCCUCCUCUACAUCAGCGUAUCCGGCGUCGCAGCCUGAUGACCCGUAUAUAGCCGACCUGCUGCAGAUGGCAGAUGGAAGGAUUCAUGAGCUACAGGAAGACAUCAUAAAAGUCAAGCUCGACCUGGAGAACGCUCAACAAUAUAUAAAACACUUAAACACACAGGUGGAGGAGAGGGACAAAGAGAUCGAGCGUAUGAACCGAGCUCUUCACGGAGGACGACCUCACGAUGUGAUUUCUCUCGAGGCUCAGAACGUCAGCAACGAGAAGCUGAUCGCCCAUCUUAACCUUCAGAUCGAGUACCUGCAGGAGACCAACAGGACUCUGGACCAGAAGCUGGAGGCGCUGCAGCAGAAGAAGAAGGACGCCUCCACCGAAGUGGCCAAUCUGUCCAUAAAGAACCUGGAGCUGUGUGAAGAGCUGACGCACAUCGACGACCUCGCAAAGCGGCUGGAGAUGGACAAGGAGCACGUGUUGGAAACGGCCGACAUGGAGCUGCAAGAAACUAAAAAAGAAAUUCAAAGGCAACAGAAAAUCGUAGAAGACUUGGAGAACAUCAUCACAAAGUUAAGAUCGGAGCAUUCCGAAGGAGACUUUGAAAAAGACCGUCUCAGAGACCAGCUGGAGGAUCUCAGAGAGCAGAACGAGAAGAUGGAAGGACUCGUGAACUUCCUGGAGCAGGAGAAACUCAGGCUGCAGGACAAAAUGGAGAAAACGAUGGCAGCUGACAAAGACCUGGUUCUGGAGUUGGAGACCAUGCGGGCUAAACAUGGCGUUUGUGGAAGGGAACGCUCCCCGUCACGGCUGGACGCGUUCGUCAAGAGUCUAGAGGAGGAGAGGGAUUACUAUCGCCAGGAGGCGGACCGCUACAAAAGAGCCAGAGGGGCCGGUGGUCCGGAUUCAAGCCCCAGUCGUAGUCCAGUCAGGGGCAGGAGUCCUCGGUCCAAAGCAACGAGGGGCGGCGCUGCAGAGACGGAGCUGCUCCGUUUACUGAAGGAGAGAGAUGAGCUGAAGGCCGCUCUGCUGGACUUUGAGAACCACAUGGAGGACAUCCAGAACAGUGUGAAGGGCCUCAGCUCCGAGAGAGACCGGUUCAAAGCCCUCUUUAAACAAGCUCAAGAGGACUUGAAGCUGGCCCGUAGAACAGACGCGUCAGCAGAUCUCCUGGAACUAAGGGAGGAGAUCAAACGGGCAGAAGUCAGAAUCCAGCAGACGACCGUAGAAAGAGACGCACUGAUGGAGAGAGUGAAGGUUGCCCAGACUUCAGUUCUCACAGACAGACAGACGGAGGAGAGGAGGAUCCUCGACCUGGAGAACGCCGUUAAGAGGUUUGAGCACGAGAGGCUCGAGCUGCGGUCUCAGGUGUGUCUGCUGAAGGAGAACAGGGAGGCCGCUGAGGACGAGCUGAGGGUUCGGUCCGCCGCUCUGGUCCAGAAUGCAGAGGAGGUUUCUCAUCAGAGGGCCGAGACUAACGCUCUGAGGCUGCUACAGGAGCAGAUGGAGCAGUCACUGUCGGACACCCAACACAGGCUGUCUGUGAAGAUCAACGAGCUGCACGCUGCCCAUCAGCACAUCCAGGAAGUGGAGGAGACGAUAGGGGAGCUGAGUCAGCGGGGCUCCAAGCACAAGGAGGACCUGUCUGCUCUGCAGAAGUCCAUCUCUGCUCUGGACAGAGAGAAGGACGCUCUGCAGGACGAGGUGGAUGUAAAGACCGAGAAACUGGUGGCUCUCCAGGAGGAUCUGUCUAAAAAGGAACAGACCCUUGAAAAUGUGAGACUCACAGUCACAAACUUGGACAACUCGCUAGCUCAGCUGCAGGGGGCGCUAAACAGCCGUGAGAGGGAGAUAGGCAGCCUGAGGAGGCAGCUGGACACCGGCCACGAGGAGCUGGCAGGACUCAGGAGAGACAAAGAAAUCACCGUCAGAGAGAACAGGAGGCUGCAGGACGACCUGGCUACGAUGACCAGAGAGAACCAAGCUGUACACGUGGAGAUGGAGGAGGCGCUGCACGAGAAGGACGAGCUGAAGUUGAGGGUCCACUCUUACAUCUCUGAAGUGUCCAGAAUAGAGAAACUGAUGGCGACAAAGGAGCAGCACAACAGGGACCUGCUGGAGCGUUUCAGGAUGGCCCACUCGGAGGUGGAGGAGCGGGAGCAGAAGUUGCAGCAGGUCGAAGGCCUCAAUAGCUCCAUCCGCCUGGAGCUGCUCUCCUCAGACACAGAACGCAGACACCUGCGCGAUACCGUCGGCCACCAGGGGAGAGAAAUCCAGCAGCACACACAGGCCCUGCAGGCGUACGAGGCCCAGGUGUCGUCGCUGGUGCGCGGGAUGUCCCGGCUGGAGGAGGAGCUACACAAAACACAGGAGGAGAAGGCAGCUCUCCUCUCUGACCUGGCGUCCGUCAGGGAGCUGUGCGUCAAGCUGGACUCUGGCAAGGAGCUCACUGUACGUCAGCUCACCUCCAGGAGCAUGGACCUCGAGAGGGUCACAGGAGAACUGGAGGAUGUUCGGUCAGAGGCCGAGCUGCUGAAGAAGCAAAUGGCCAGCGAGAGGCUGACUGUGCGUAACCUCGAGACUCUUCUCUCUUCCAAUCGGCACAAGGAGUUCCAAACCCACCUGACAGCCAGCGAGAGAGAGUCCGAGCUGAAGGUCCUCCGUGAUAGGCUGACGCUGGCCGAUAGCAAAACCACGGAGCAUGCCAGAGAAGUGUCCCAGCUCCGCGGCAGAGUGUCUCAGCUGCAGACGGAGAUGGACGUCCUGAAAAGACAGUUGACCAGCGAGCGCUUUGAACGUGAACGAGCCGUGCAGGAGAUGCGCAGACAGGGAUUGUCCUUCUCGUCGCUGCAGAGCUCGAUGUCCCUCGACGCCUCCGCCGGUUCCCAUCACACCUCCCCAGAGCGCUCCAUCCUCCGAACUCUGAACCGCUCCACCGACAGGUCGGCGGACAGGUCGGCAGACAGGUCGGCGGACAGGUCGGCGGACAAAAGUGUGAGCUUCAAGGAUUAACGACUAGAGAGACAGACGAGUGGAGGAUUUGAUGCGUGAGUCAGAAACCACUAGCAGCUUUAAGUUUAAGUCUGGACAUGAAUUGUGAAAGUCUCCGUGAGUCUCCGUACCCGCCAGCGACCUUUGUGAAAUCAUGAAUGUGCGAAACAUUCAAACACAUUUAGUAUUUUUUCUGUCCAACUUGUCGUUGACUCAACUGGAUGCAAAGUGUCCGCUCUUCAAAAUUAGGAUCCCGCUUUGAGAGUUCUUUCUGAAAUGAAUUUAGUCCUCAGCAACUAUAACCUCAUAUUAUACGUAGCAAGAAGAAAGAAGUUCAGCCCUGUGGUUACGUGUAUUACACUUCAUGUUUUUGUUUUUUAAAUUAUUAAAUUAUUCAUAAAAUAAAGCGAUACAAAAAUUACAGAAAUGUGCUCAACUUGAGUUUUAUUUCGAAGUAAAUAGUCCAAAGUUUUAGGAGAGGCGGUGACAUGAAACAAAGAAACACUGAAUGCCCACAGAAGCUAUUAACCCUUUGACUUCCUCAACGUGUAGAUGAAGAAACAGGCAAAAUACAACGUUUGUUCUCGCAACCUUAUUUACAUCAUUGUUUAUAUACUGCAUUGGUUCUUUUACUGUAACAGUGCACGACAGGAAAACGUUUUUUAAUUCUUUGUAUUCAGCUGAUUUCAAGCUUUAGUGGUUUGUGGUCAAUUUGUUUUGAGGAAACAUCUCAAGUAAAAAUGUGUAACGGCUAUAAAAACCCUUUGUUCCCAAAGAAUAUUAAAAAAUUGUCAAAAUCUCACUAUAAAAUAUUGCACAUUUCUAAUGCCGGCAGUGUUCAGUGGUCGUGUUGGGGAGAGGGUAGGCGAAGAGGGAGAAGUCUAGAAUGUACUUGGGCAGCAGUUCCCUCAGCAGCUUCUGCGGUAAGCCGCACAGGUAAUAGUGCAGCGUCUCCACCGUCACCGGCUUGUACCACGUUUGCCUCUCCGGGAAGCGAACGUGAGGCGGCGCCCCGACGUGCUGCAGCAGAAAAUCCGAAUCUCUCUCCAGGUGCUCGUAGGAGCCGAUGAAGUCGUAGGACACAGCGCAGGGCUGGCACAGGUUGUACACCGGCAUCCAGUGCUCGUUCAUGCGCUCCGCGUCCUCGUCCAGCAGGUACUGGACGAACUCGGCGAACGUCACGUCGUCGCCCUUCACGGACGCGUCCUUGGCGCGACUUUUCCUGUACCGCUUCACGAUCUCCACGCCGUACUUCUUCUGGUAGGACUCGAUCUCCCCGAACUUGUUCCUGUAGGCGGAGAGCAGGCGCUCCAUGGGCUCGCGUACGAACAUGAACUUGAAGUAGUACUUGAGGCGGUAGCGGAUCUCCUCGGGCUUCAGGGAGGACAGGAACAGCAGGUCGUUGCGGUGGUCCAUCUUGAUGUUGACGUCCACGCUCUCUAGGGCUCCGUUCAGCACCUUCAGCACCCGCUUCCAGUUGGAGCAGGCCACCUUGGGCACGUAGCAGUAGAGGAAGUGGUAGCGGUCGUUCACCAGGACGUGCUGCAGCAGCGUCUUCCUCUGCAGAGGGCUCAGGGACCAGACGCUGUGGGGCAUGUUCUUCUGGCUGCACACGGUCCUGAUGGUCCGGUUACGGAUCUCCUGGAGGAUCUGAGUGGGAACACAAGUCGGCGACUCUUAAAAAGUGCAUUCCAGCUAUUUUACACAUCAGUUUACUGGUCCUGGUUUGUGUUCCUGAGCCUUGUGAAAACUGUUUAACAGCAAGUCUCAACACGCUGACCGUCACCGGGAUGUCAUCAAGGUUAUCUAAUCGUAGGCUUGACAAUGUAACAGAAAGUAUGCAUGCAGACUGGAGGUGUGGAGUCAGAUGUGAGACAGGAACACUAACAAGUUGCAUGAUGGGACUAAAAUUCACGAGUCUUUAAAGUUUUUAAAGCCGUCUUUUAGUCCCAAACAUCAAGGAAGUGCAAUACUAAACACUAAAUUUCUUCACCCACUAACAUCACUAAAUGGCUUGUCGAGCCUUUAAUCCCACAGUUUGUGCAACAGAUCUUGUAAAUAUUGUGAAACAUACAUAAAAUGCACAUGACAAAAACUC